AUGUUUGAAACAAUUUUACAAUUACUGUUAGCAACUAUAGUGUUGUGUCUUAGUUUCUUCUUGUUAUUUAUACGCCGCGAUUAUGGUUAUUGGAAAAAGCAAGGUAUCCCCUAUGAGAAACCGGGAUUAUUUUUUGGUAAUCUUGGUGGUCUCAUGAGAAUAAGUAUGUGGGACUUAUUCAACGACUUGAGUAAGAAGCACAAAACUGACUACGUGGGAAUAUUUUUGGGAUGGAGACCUGCGCUUGUGAUUAAUUCAAAAGAACUCGCCAAAAAAAUACUUGUGAAAGAUUUUGACAGUUUCCAAAAUAGAUACUCCUACCCGGGUGAUCAAGAUGACCCGUUGGGUGCAUUGAAUUUGUUCACUGUGAAGAGCCCUAUGUGGAGUACAAUGCGACACGAACUAGCACCGAUGUUUACAAGCAAGCGUCUAAAAGGUGUCACUCAAUUAAUGAAUAUCAACUCAGAAGAGUUAGUACGAAGGAUUCAGACAGACCACAUAGACAACAAUAAACCCGUAGACAUGAAGGAGUUAUUUUCAAUGUACACUUCCGAUACGGUCGCGUACACCGUCUUUGGAUUAAGAGUGAGUGUUCUAAAGGAACUUACAUCACCUCUUUGGCACAUUACCCGACACAUGGUGAAAUGGACUUUCUGGAGGGGUUUUGAGUUCACUAUGAUAUUCUUUGCGCCCGCUAUAGCAGAAAUUAUGAGACUGAAAUUCUUUUCGGCACCGGCAACUGAAUAUGUGAAGAAGUUGUUCUGGGGCGUUGUUGAGGAUCGCCAAAAAACGGGUAAAACCGAUGACAACGAUCUCGUUAACAUGUUGUUAAAUUUAAAGAAGAACCUGAGGCUCCCUGCUGGCUCUGAUACAGAAUUAGCUGAUAAUUUAAUGCUGGCUCAAGCAGCACUGUUCAUUCUGGGUUCUGUGGAAACAUCUUCCACUACAAUGAGCUUUUGUCUUCAUGAAUUAGCAUACAAGCCUGACAAGCAGGAAAAACUAUACACAGAAAUCAGCAAAGCUUUAGAGGAUAAAGGGAAAACAGUUUUAGACUUUAACGACUUAUUAGAACUUCAUUACCUUACAGCUUGUAUCAAAGAGACUUUAAGAAAAUACCCUCCGGUUCCGUUCCUAGACCGGGUGUGUAACAAGACUUAUAAGUUGACCGACAAGGUGACCAUAGAGAAAGACACACCAGUGUACACAAAUGUCAUCGCUAUUCACUAUAAUGAAGAAUAUUACCCUGAGCCGUAUGAAUGGCGGCCAGAGCGAUUCGCUAUUACAACUGACAAUGAUAACUAUGACUUUACAUUUCUACCGUUCGGCGAAGGACCACGUUUCUGUAUAGGUAAACGCUACGGAUUGAUGCAAGUACGAACGGCAAUCGCACACAUAGUUAUGAACUUCAGAAUAGAGCCUGUUGACGACUACACUGUACCAGUGGACCCUUACAGCGUGAUAUUAGCGCCUAAAACCGGAGGCAGAGUCAAAUUUAUUCCACGCUAA